AUGGAAGUAGCUAAAGCCCUUGCAAAAAUAAUAGAGGAAGUGAUCACCACAAACUCGGAGGAAUCAUGGUUCAAACUUUUCUCGUUUCCAUACGCAGUCGUCCCUGUUCCCACCAAAUCUGUCAAAGUUAAAAAUUUAACAACAUGGGUGAAAUCAAGAGUUCUGCAGUGGUCAAUAACCCAAAUUGUAACACCCUCGAGACCACGACCACAAUUCGCCAAACCCUCACGUCCUCAAGAAACUAUUGCAAAGAAGGUGGAAGCAAAAUUGGCAGACGGCGAUGUACGGGGUGCAAUUCGUUUAUUGACCUCUGAUGACACAAUUGCCCCAAAUAAUCAAGAAACCUUGGAUGCCCUCAUCACUAAGCAUCCCCCACAUCCAGAGCCAACUUAUUUCCCGAACGCACCGGACAAGGCAGAAGUUUUGGCCCCUGUUGAUCCCAAAGAAGUCCUCACCGCAAUCUCUAGUUUCGCUCCAGGAUCGGCAGGAGGACUUGACUCUCUUCGCCCUCAGAUUUUGAAGGACCUCGUCAUCUCAGAGAAUGGAGAACCUGGGACCAAUUUACUAAACGCGAUGCUAAAAUUUUUAGAUCUUGUUCUCAGGGGAGACGUGCCAAAAUCUAUUUGCCCAAUCUUCUUCGGGGCUUGCAUGACCGCACUUAGAAAGAAAACUGGGGGCAUUCGUCCUGUCGCUGUCGGCAAUACAUGGCGUCGUCUCAUCUCGAAAAUUGCCGUCGCCCGUAUGUCAUCUACUCUGGUCGAGAUUUUCUCCCCUCAUCAACUAGGAGUGGGGAUUAAAGGAGGCGCUGAAGCUGCAGCCCACGCAGCACGUAUUUACUGGAAUUACUCACAUGAUAGCCCCAAGGCUUUUUUAAAAUUGGACUUCCGUAAUGCUUUCAAUGAAAUCCGACGAGACACACUUCUCCAAAUCAUUCGAGAAAAAUUCCCAAAUUUCUACCGUUUCGUGAGCCAGGCCUACUCCUCCCCCUCGGAAAUUUUCUUCGCGGGAACACCCAUCUCCUCCCUUUGUGGGGUUCAACAAGGUGAUCCACUCGGACCAGCUCUCUACGCUCUCGUGAUCCAACCAAUUGUGGACUUGAUUGACACAGAGCUGAAUAUGUGGUACUUAGAUGACUCAACCAUUGCUGAUUCGCCGGAGAAAGUCUUAAUGGCAAUGCAAACCAUCACACGUAUGGGGACAGAAGUCGGUCUGCACCUUAACACUACAAAAUGUGAAGUGGGAAUUCUGGGUGUAGUCGACGACCAAACUCGUGACGAAAUUUUUGAGCUAUUUCGUUCAACAGCUCCGGGGAUACAAAAGAUCUCUCCUGAAAGUGCUAUGCUGUUAGGUGUCCCACUCACCGAUGAAGCCAUUCCUACAAUACUAGGAGCCAAAACCGAGGAAAUGGAAAAAAUUAGCACGCGGCUACUCAAACUCUCCUCCCACUCAGCCUUUUUCCUUCUCCGUGCCUCCAUGUCAACACCUCGCCUAAUAUACUUUCUCCGCUGUGCACCGACAUGGAGAAGAUUUGACGCCCUUACUCUUUAUGAUGCCAAAUUAAAAAAUGCUAUGGAGGGAAUCAUCAACUGUUCCCUUUCCCCUCAAUCCUGGUUACAGUCCUCUCUACCCGUCAACAAAGGUGGUCUUGGGGUCAGACACGCUAUAGAUGUGGCGAUUCCGUGCUUUCUAGCGUCUAUCUAUAGCUCCCUGCCUCUUGCGGAACGCCUACUUCCACCACAUUUACAUGGCAUCGAUACCGCCAUCCAAGAAGGAGAGGAACGCUGGAAAUCACUUGGUUCAUCGCCACUUCCUCCACUCGAGAUACGAGGUAUCCAGGCAAUAUGGGAAAUACCACAACAGGAAGGUGUAAUCAAUCACCUCACAACUAAUGCGACUACAUUAGAAGACAAAGCUCGCUAUCACGCCAUGUCACAACCCAAUGUUGGAGCGUGGCUCAACGCUAUCCCCUCUCCUCAACUCGGCACACAUCUUCCUAAUGAGACGUUUCGCAUCGCCGCCGCUCUUCGACUAGGCUGUGACAUCUGCCAGCCCCACAAAUGUUCUUGUGGUGAACAAGUGUCCACGAAAGGCUAUCAUGGUCUCAGUUGCAAAAAUAGUGCUGGACGUCACUCCCGUCAUGCCGCAGCCAACGAUGUCAUCGCCAGAGCCCUCAGAUCUGCAGGAGUCCCUAUAAUUAAAGAGCCAGCUGGGUGUGCCCGUGAAGAUGGGAAACGUCCAGAUGGUCUCACACUUAUUCCAUGGGCAAGAGGAAAAUCGGUAGUGUGGGACUUCACGUGUUCCGAUACAUUUGCACCAUCGUACCUCCCACAAACUAGUAUUCGCCCAGGAGUAGCAGCUGAGAAAGCAGAGGACCGGAAGAAGAAAAGAUAUGAACAACUUAUGGACAGUUUCCUUUUUGUCCCAAUAGCCAUCGAAACAACAGGGAUUUGGGGUAAAGAUGGCUUGUCAUUUAUUAAAGAAAUCGGGUCCAGAAUCACAAACAUCACAGAAGAGGGCGACAUCCUUUUUAUUGCAGAGAAUGAGUAUCACUGUUCAAAGAGGGAAUUUAUGCUAAUAUUAUGGAUGUAA